AUGACUGUUCUACACACUAAUGCCGUUCCAUUUGUGGCUAAAGAACCUGUAGCUACAGUGACUGCAGCUCCUGUUAAUGUUCUUAAGAACACAGAUUGCAAUGUUAUGGUAUCCACUUCUAAAGCUAAAGCAACUGAAGUAACAAUGACUGCAGCUGCAGCUAAUACUAAUUUGAUGGCAUCGACGUCCAAAGGAACAUCACAAGACUACAGACUUCGAGCAUUACAAAGUAAGCUGAAUCGCACUAUAAAACAAUCAGUGGAUAGAUUGAAAAAACUUCGAGCGCUUCGUGAAAGAAAUAGGCGCUUGGCGAAGAAAGUAGCGAACUUGGAGAACGUGAUCGCGGAAUUAAAAGUGAAGCCUCUUUAUGUUUCUCUGUCUACGGAACACGUAGACAGAGAAGAACUUAGACAGAGAAUCAUGGAGUAUAGAGCAGUGCAUAAUUAUGUUCCCAAAACUGAAGAGGCCCAUGAAAGGACGACGCUACGUUAUAAUCAAGGAGAUAAAGUUGGCAUCGAAGGAGGAGCUGAAGAAGAUCACGAAAAAUGA